AUAAGAAAUCUUAACUAGUUUAACUAAGCAGAAUUGCCUACAGAAUUCGCUGAUGGUUGUGACGUACACUUGACGUAUAUACACUUAUAUGUAUCACACUUGUUGCCUUCUAUUCAUAUAUGUUGAAUAAUGAAGUAGAAUCGAACAUGUAAAUCAAUUGCGAGCAUUUAUAAGUGUCGAAAGUGUAAGAAAUUCUGCGUGAAUCUUUUUAGUGUAUUAAUGCCCGUUGUUUAUUACGAUACAAAAUGAUCACGAAAAGCUUAUUCAGAAGCAUUCCACGUUUUCGACAUGUUUUAUUACAGAUAAAGCAAUAUAGUAGUACAAAACACACAUCUGAACCACAAUUCAUUGGAGUCUACAGUAGUUUCACAAACAAAAUACAAUUUGUUAAUAAAGAAAGCUAUGAGCCUAUUCCUAUAUAUAGGAUUUUGGAACAUCCGCAGAAAACUAAAUUACCUGAAAAGUUAGAAGAUGCAUUAUUGCUAAAAAUAUAUCACAACAUGGUAACAAUAAGUGUGAUGGAUAAAAUUCUGUACGAGUCACAAAGGCAAGGUCGCAUUUCUUUUUAUAUGACAAAUACUGGUGAAGAAGCUGUACAGAUUGGUUCUGCUGCUGCUUUAACCCUGGAUGAUCUGAUUUAUGCACAGUAUCGGGAAGCUGGCGUCUUGCUGCACCGAGGGUAUCCCUUGUUAAAAUUCAUGAAUCAAUGUUAUGGAAACUGCGAGGACGAUGGCAAAGGCAGACAAAUGCCAGUACACUAUGGCUCAAAGGAAUGUAACUUUAUGACUAUAUCGUCCCCAUUGACAACUCAAUUGCCACAAGCUGCAGGGGCUGCUUAUGCUUUUAAAUUGACCAAGAAAAAGGCGUGUGUGGCUUGUUACUUUGGUGACGGUGCAGCGAGCGAAGGUGAUGCCCAUGCAGCGUUCAAUUUUGCAGCCACUCUAUCGAGUCCUAUCAUUUUCCUCUGCCGUAACAACGGAUAUGCCAUCUCCACAUCAGUCGAAGAGCAAUUUAAAAGUGAUGGCAUCGCGGCUAAAGGUCCGGCCUAUGGAAUUAAUACUAUCAGAGUGGACGGUAACGAUGUGCUGGCUGUAUAUUUUGCUAUGAGAACUGCCAGAAAUUUCUGUAUAGAGCAUAAAAAACCAGUUUUAAUAGAAGCCAUGACUUACAGACUUGGACAUCAUAGUACAUCCGACGACUCUACCGCGUAUCGUUCAGCCGACGAAAUUGCCAAAUGGAAUACUCAUACGCCCCUGUUCAAGUUCCGUGCGUAUUUAGAAUCACUUGGACUGUGGUCUCAAAAGAAAGAUGAAGAGUUAAUUAAUUCCACGAAGAAGGAGGUGCUUCGUGUUUUCGCGGAGGCGGAAAAGAAAUUGAAGCCACAUUGGAAAGAAUUAUUUACAGAUGUUUACAAGGAAGUUCCUAAUCAUAUCAGGAAUCAAAUGAAUUUAAUGGAAAAGCACCUGGAAGAAUUCAAGGAACACUAUCCAUUAAGUUCCUUCGUACACUCAAAAUAAAGGGAAAAUUAUGAAGAGAAGUAUAAGAAUUUUGUACUUUUAUUUUAAUAAUGUUUGUUUUGAUCUAAGGUACUGUAUACAAGUGUGUUACUUAAAGCCUCCUCUUGUAUUCAACUCUUAUUUUAUAUUUUCUGCAACUUCUUGAUAUUUCUCCAUUCGAUAUUCCUUCUUUGCUGCAUUAAGAAGUAAAUUGUGAAGUAAAUUUCGUUCGUGUGGAUUAUAUUGUUCUAAGCUUGGAUAUAUGUUACCUAAAGUAUAAUAAUCAUAAGCAUAAGUGGAGACGAAUUUUUGUACAAUUUGUUAAAAGGUUUCUUUACUCACCUUUAAAUUCUAAAACUGCUCUUUCAUACGGACUGCCAGGAUAAUUCUUUGGUGCUUUAUGAAGUUUUGUAAAUGAAAUUGUAUAGUCUUGAUAUCUUGGUACAAGAACUUUAAACAAUUUGUGCACCAAUUGUUUCUCAGCUAUCCAGAAAUUGGCCAUAUCCAUUGUUUCUUUAUGUGUAGGCCCAUUGCGUAUUGCCUCAUGUAUCAACUACAAAAUGUUAUGAAUCUUUGUUAUGAAUCUUUAUAUCCAGCAAAAUAUAAAUUAUGAAAUAUCA